AUGCAGUGGGUCACUCUGACGGUGGCCCUGGGGUGUGUGUGUCUGUCGCGGGCGUCGCACACCCCCACCCCGACCCCCACCUCCACGCACACCCCCCUCGCGGACAGCUCCGAGGAGGAGGUGGACGAGCCCUGCUUCGAGCCGUGCACGUGCGAGGUCAAAGAAGGCGUGCUGCACGUGCACUGCGACGGGCGGAGCUUCACCAACGCCAGCCAGGUGUCACAGUCGUGGGUCCGCCCUUUCAAACUCAACCUGCAGAGGAACUCUCUGAGGCGUCUCUAUAGCAACGGGUUUCAGCACCUUGGCAACGCCGUGUCGAUAAACCUGGGCAACAACGCGCUGCAGGACAUCAGAGUGGGAGCGUUCCACGGCUUGGCCAAGCUGAGGCGCCUUUACCUCCACGAGAACAAGCUGGAGGUCUUCAGGAACGACACCUUCGCCGGCUUGGAGGCCCUGGAGUACCUGCAGGCCGACUACAACGUGAUCAAACGGAUCGACAGCGGAGCUCUGAGGUUCCUCUACAAGCUGCGGGUUCUCAUCCUCAACGACAACCUGAUCCCCGUCUUGCCUGCUCACCUGUUCAGAUCCGUGUCUCUGACUCAUCUGGACCUGAGGGGAAACCGCCUGAAGAGCCUGGCGUACGCCGGCACCCUGGAGUACGUGGGCCGCUCCCUGAUGGAGCUGCAGCUGGAGGAGAACCCCUGGAACUGCGGCUGCGAGGCGGUGCAGCUCCAGCAGUGGCUGGGUCAGAUCCCCUACACGGCCGUGGUCGGGGACGUCACCUGCGAGUACCCGUUCCACCUCCACGGCAAGGACCUGAGGGAAAUCCUCCGCAAGGAGCUGUGCGCCAACCUCCCGGAUAAAGAGCUGCAGGCGGAGGGCGGCGGCGGUGGCGGGCCCCAACAUCUGCCGCCGAACUCCAAACCCAACUCCCACCCGGGGCGAGCCAGGCCCACGAAACCCUCCUCCAUGGUCCACGGCUCGCGCCAGAACACCCACGCCUCCUCCACGUCGUCGUCGUCGUCUUCCUCGGCGGAGCGCAAAGACGGCGGGAGGCAACCGAGGCCGACGAAGAGGCCCCGGCUGUCCCGGGUGUCUCCCACGCCUCGCGGCAUGAUGCCCAACCAGAACCCCCCCGUGGCCGGCUACCAGACGCGACCCCCCAUCCCCAUCAUCUGCCCCGUGGGCUGCACGUGCAACCUGCACAUCACAGACCUGGGCCUGACGGUGAACUGCAAGGAGAACGGCUUCCUGAACGCGUCGCAGCUGACGCCGCGGCCGCUCAACGGACGCAAGCUGUACCUGAGCGGGAACUUGAUCCAGAGGAUCUACCGCACGGACUUCUGGAACUUCUCCAGCCUGGACCUGCUGCACCUGGGCAACAACCGCAUCUCGUACCUGCAGGAGGGGGCCUUCACGGGGCUCGCCAACCUGAGGAGCCUCUACCUGAACGAGAACAACCUGGAGAGGCUCAGUCCUCACAUGUUCCUGGGCCUGCAGAAUCUCAGGUACCUUUACUUUGAGUACAACGAGAUCCACCAGGUGGACCCGGGGACGCUGGACGCCAUGCCGUCCCUCCAGCUGCUGUUCCUCAACUCCAACCUGCUGAGGAGCCUCCCCCCCGGGGUGUUCGGCGGGGUCAACCUGGCUCGACUCAACCUGAGGAACAACCACCUCCUGCAGCUGCCGAUGGAGGGCGUGCUGGAGCACCUCACGGGACUGGUGCAGGUGGACCUGGAGCAGAACCCGUGGGAGUGCACCUGCGCGGCGGCUCCGCUGAAGCGUUGGCUGGAGGGCCUCAGCGCCGUGGUGGUGGUGGGGGAGGUGGUCUGCCAUGCCCCGGACAAGACCAGCAAAGUGGACCUGCGCUCCCUCUCCAUGGAGCUGCUGUGCCCUGAGCUGGAGCCGCAGGAGCAGGAGGAGGAGCAGAAGGAGCAGCAGGAGGAGCAGCAGACCGCCGCCUCCACGGCCGCGGCCGGCGGCGUGUCGCUCGGCUACCCCGGCCCCCCGAUGCCCCCGGGGAGGGAUUCCAUCCCCCUGUCGGUGCUCGUGCUCAGCCUGCUGGUGCUGUUCGUGUCGGCGUUCUUCGCGGCGGCGGCGCUCAUCGCCUACGCCCUGAGGAGGCGGGACAAGCUGCCGUUCCGCCGCCAGGGAGAGGUCGACUUGGCGGGCAUCCAGAUGGAGUGCGGGAUCUUCGCCGAGCAGACGCACCACCACCACCACCACCACCACCACGGCCUCCCGGAGACGCCGCCCCCUCCCCCCGCCGAACACAACCACGUGUACGACACCAUCUCGCCGCCGGAGGCCGCGGCGAAAGGUCGCGACCCCGCCGCCGCCCGCAUGUGUAGCAACCCCAUCUACAAGGAGGAGCGGGACGCCGCCGCCGCCAAACAGGAGGGAGGAUACUGCUCCGCGGCGGAGAAGGAGAGGGAGUGGACUCUGGACGUGUGCUCGGCGCCCAUCAGCACCGUCGCCGGGGCGAUGGGCGCGCUGCCGGGCCUCCGCGGCAACGGCACCCUGUGCCCGACGGUGAUCGACAGCCAGGGCCCGACCCCGAAGGUGGAACUGGUGGACUGCCUCUUCAGACUCCCCGCCCCGGAGUUCAGGGACCUGCCGGACAGGUACGCCAGGCCGCCGCCCCGAUACCCGCACCCGCAAGACUCCAAGCGGGACGCCAGGACCGCCGACCAGGCGCCGGCGGUCGGCGCCGCCGGUCACGGCAGCAGCCACAGCGAGCAGGGAGCAGGGGAGCAAAGAGCCAGGCUGAGGACCACGCCGGACUACAUGGAGGUGCUGGACCGAUCUUACCAGUUUUAA